AUGUCCAAGAAAUCCCUGCACUGGAGAAAUGACUCGGGGGAGCUUGAUGUGUUUGAGGCUGCAAAAUACUUUGCAGAUGCCAAUGAAAUCUCAUCUUUUGCACACAGGACUCACUAUGAGCCCUGGAGAGGUGGACGAAAGAGCCUAGACAUGGCCAUUUCGUUCCGAAAAUCGUCGCUAAUUCUCCCACCCGAAAUGGAAAAACCACAGGCCUCUAACAACAACAACAUCAAGAAGCACAAGCAGCCUAGCUCCCCAGGAGGCAGACUUGCCAGCUUCCUCAACUCCCUCUUCAACCAAACAAAGAAGAAAUCGAAGUCGAAAUCGGGGAAAGAUGAUGAAGAUGAAAGCCCCGGAGGGGUGAGGAGAAGAAGGAGAAGUAGCAUCAGCCAUUUUUAUAGCAUCAGAAGCUCCACAACUAAUGCCCCUUCAAAUCCCACCAUGCCUCCCAGUAAUAAAGGUAAUUCUGGCUUUAGAACCCCUCCCCCCUGCGCAUACACUCCCACAAAAUCCUACAAAGACUUCGCCGUUUUCUCAGACCAACAAGUCAUCAAUGGGCUCAAGAAUCACAAGGUGAUUGAACCCCAUGGGGAAAAGCCCAAUGGGGUCUCAUCACAGAAAUACAAGCUCAUGAGCACCAAGAAUAACAGUAAUAAUGGAGAUUCCAGAUACCCAGCAGAAGAAACUGAGAAGAGAAAGUUCAAUGGAGAAGAUGAUGAUGCAGACAGUGACACCAGCUCUGAUCUGUUCGAUUUACCCAACAGUGAAUUGCUGAUGGACUUCUACUCCUCAAGUGGUUUGCCUGUUUAUGAAACCACCAAAAUGGAUAGCAUCAAGAGAAGUGCACCAAUUUCCACUGCGGCAAUUUGAUGGUAGGAUUGUUAGGUGCCAGCUUGGAGGGCGAGUCCAAUUUCCUGUCAUCGAACUGCUGUUCAGUUGAGGCUGGUAGGUGCUGGAAGGGGAUUGUUAGGCACGACUGGAAGAGUCUAUUCAGCACCCUACCAUCGUGGUAGACUUAAUUAGGGGUGUGGAAUAUUGGGCAACUUAAACCAUGCUUCCUGACUUAGCUAAUGUGUUGUAAUUAAGGUUUGUUUCUGAACUUUUUUUUUUCUUUAAUGUAAUGGUAGAUUAUAUUUAUUGGGUGAUAUGUUAAUUUUGUAUCAGUGAUCUGCAUAUUUUUAUUUUUUAGUA